AUGAGCACACAAUCAGUACCGGUCCUGGCGGCCAAUGAUGCCGCGUCCUACCUCGACCUGGGCAUCACCCUCGCCCUGAAUAACUGGCCCGCCCUCACCCUCGCCGUGCAAUCAAACUGGGGCGGCCCUACAUCUGAUGACAAGCGCGCCUGGCUCUGCGGUGCCAUCUCCGAAAUGCUGACUGAGCGCCCGGAGACGGACGCCGAGGAUCUGGAAGACGUGUUGAUCCAGGUCAUGAACGACGAGUUUGACGUUGUGAUCGAUGAUGAAAGCGCCGCAAUCGUGGCGGUCGAGAUCAUGGAAAUGAAGCAACAUACAGACCGCGGAAACUUCACCGAAAUCCAGGCGAUGUGGGAGGCAUACCAGCUGAAGAGCCAGCAGAAGUCUGCUUCCGCGGCUAUGUUCAAGAAGGUUGAUGCUAAGGAUGAGGAUCAGGAGACUGACGAUGAGAGUGACGAAGAGGGUGAGGAUGUUGAGAUGGGCGAUGCACCUGCUUUGGUGCGUGCGCCGAGAGAAAAAGCCGAGCCUGAGAUCGAUGACGACGGAUUCACCAUGGUUAAGAAGAAGAGGUAA